AUGUCGACCCUCGUAGACGAGCUGCUACAGGACUUCGAAGACUCCGGCUCCGAGGCCGGAGACAAGCGCGAGGAUGAGGACGUGUUCGGCGACGAGGAGGGCGCCGAUCUCAUGGGCCUGGGAGAUGGCGCCAACGGCGACGUCGAGAUGGACGCGGGGGACCUGGCGAGCUCAGACGAAGACGAAGAGAUGGGCGGCAUAGACCGGUCAGAAGACGCCGAGGACACCAAGGCCAAGGUCGAGAAGAUGCAGCUCGGCGGCGUCAGCGACGUCCGCAGCGUCGCAAAUCUCAUGAAGACUCUGGACCCCGUCCUAGAGGUUAGUACAUCCCCGCUUCCCAUACAAGCUACCGAGAGGUGCUCUCUGCGGGAUGAAGUGUUUACAUCUCCUGUUACGCGCAACAGCCCUGACAAUAUGGCCCGGAUUCUACAGAAAAUCGCACAAUACAAAGCGCAGCCCCUCGAGGCGCAAACAGCAAACAUCGGCAACGUCGAGGACCACCCCGAAUACCACCUCCUGACCCAGUCGAACGGCCUGUCAACAUCCAUAGACAGCGAGAUCGUGCUGGUGCACAAGUGGAUCAGAGACCACUACUCGACACGGUUCCCGGAGCUCGAGACCCUCAUCACGAACCCGCUCGAGUAUGCAAAGGCCGUGGCGAUCCUGGGCAACGGCCCCAUGGACUCGGAGACCAUGAAGAAGAUGCCACAGUCCAAAGACAACCCGCUAGGGGUCUCACUCGAAGCAGUCCUCGACAGGCCAACUCUGAUGAUCGUCACCACGAGCGCCAUCACGACAAGAGGCCAGGAGAUGCCGCAGGAGGAGCUCGACAGGGUCGUCCUGGGCUGCCAGAUGAUCAUCAAGCUCGACAAGGCCAAGAAGACCCUGACGGAAUACGUCCAGUCCCGGAUGAACAUCUUCGCCCCGAACCUCACAGCCCUGAUCGGGUCGCUGACGGCGGCCCAGCUCCUCAACGCGGCGGGCGGCCUCACGGGCCUCUGCAAGACGCCCGCCUGCAACAUCGCCGCCUGGGGCUCCAAGCGCAACGCCGGCGCCGGCGCCCUGGCCACCAACAUCGGCAUCCGCCAGCAGGGGUUUCUCUACCAGUCGCCCAUCAUCCGCGGCGUGCCCGCCGACAUGAAGAAGCAGGCCAUGCGCAUCGUCUCGGCCAAGCUCAUCCUCGCCGCCCGCGUCGACCGCAUCCACUCCUCCCCCGACGGCCGCGAGGGCGAGGAGCUGCGCGAGGCCUGCCUCGAGCGCCUCGACAAGCUGCAGGAGAAGCCGCUGAACAAGGGCCAGCGCGCCCUGCCCGCCCCGGACGACAAGCCGGCGCGCAAGCGCGGCGGCCGCCGCGCCCGCAAGGCCAAGGAGGCCGUCGCCAUGACGGAGCUGCGCAAGGCGCAGAACCGCAUGGCCUUUGGGAAGGAGGAGAAGGAGGUCGGGUACGGCACGGGCGACUCGACGGCCGGGAUGGGCAUGAUCGGCGCCGCGCAGGACGGGCGCAUUCGCGGCGCGCAGAUCGACCAGCGCACGCGCGCGCGGCUGAGCCAGAAGAGCAAAGGGUGGGGCGGCAUCGCGUCCUCGGUCGGCGGCGGCGGCGGCGGCGCGGCGAGCUCGCUGCGCGGGUUCGGGCAGGCGGCGGCGGGGAACCUCGACCUGCGGGGCAAGGGGCUGCGGGCGUCGGGCGUCGGCACGACGGUCGGCAACGGGGGCACCAUGUCUUCGCUCUCGUUCACGCCCGUGCAAGGGCUGGAGCUGGUCGACCCCAGCAUGCGGGCCGAGCUCAACCGCAAGAGGAAGGCCGAGGAGGACAGGUGGUUCAAGGGCGGCACUUUCACGCAGGCUGGUGGCGGUGGCGGUGGCAUCAGUAGUAGUAAUGGCGGCGUGUUCAAGAAGCCGGAUCUGCCGCCGAGCAAGAGGGUCGACACUGGCGCGACCAAGUCUGCCAAGUAG